AUGCCCACAUAUCGAGCUACACGUUUCGCAAUCCCUCCGGGAUUUUCUACAGUUUUGCACAACGAAGCAGUUCCCCCGACGGAAAAUCCGGGCAGAACGUGCGUUCAGCAGAACGAGUCAAACCAGAGGACCCGGGAUAUUGGACAGUUGCCAGAUAAGCAGUUCCCGGCUGCUUGCACAGGAGUUGGAGCGGCUCCCAAUCCGUAUGGAAUCCACGGCGUUGAAUCAACGGAUAAUUCACAACCGCGGCAGGCCCCAAAUUCCUGGGCCUAUCCUGCUGCUGGUGUGAUCAGCGCACAACAAAUCGCAGAAGGACAGGUGGUGUCGAGAGACCUACCCAAAUUCUCCGGAGAUCCUUUAGAGUGGCCGAUGUUCGUCAAUGCUUUCGAGUCUACCACGCGGAUGGGUGGUAUCCAGCCCGACGAAAAUCUAGCCCGUCUGCAGAGAGCCCUCAUCGGCAAUGCCAGGGAAAAGGUUCUCAGUAUUCUGACAAUUCCGUCCGCCGUACCGCAAAUAAUUACGACCCUUCGGGAUGAAUGCGGAAGACCGGACCAGUUGGUCAACUGCUUACUGACCAGAAUCCGAACAGCAACACAACCAAAUGCCAACAAGCUUGGAACGCUUGUCACAUUCGGUCGAGAAGUCCGGAACCUGGUGACGUUUAUGGAAGCAGCACAUCUACAUUCUUACCUCUCAAGCCCUAUCCUACUUACGGAGAUGGUAAGCAAGCUCCCACCAUGUCUGCAGUUACAGUGGGGCCAUUACUUGAUGAGCGUUCCGGUACCAAAUCUAGAAGCGUUCUGCAACUUUAUUUCGACGAUCCGGACAGCAGCUUGUAACGUUUCGACAGCGACGGAAUCCUCCGUAGAAGUGUCGACGAAAAGGGAGAAGCGGAAGGAAAAAGUAGGAGGCUUUUUGAACUCCCAUCAGGAAGUUACAGUGAAACCAGAAAAUCCGAAACCCUGCCUCGCCUGUGACAGCGUGGGGCAUAAGAUUCGUGAGUGCGAAAGGUUUCGCAAGCUUUCAGUCAGCGAAAGAUGGAAAAUAGUCGAGCGAAAGAAAAUGUGUCGAAGAUGCCUAUUUCCACACGGCAAGUGGCCCUGCCGCACAAAGUAUCCUUGUGGAGUAGACGGUUGCUCCGAGGCACAUCAUAAACUGCUUCAUUCUACCAAAAGGUCGGACCAAUCGGAUGCACAAUCGGGAACCUCAGGAACUGUAUCGACGCAUCGGCAUUCUCGAGACAAAACGCUAUUCAAAAUUCUCCCCGUGAGACUAUUUGGAAACGGGAAAUCUGUAGCGGCGUUUGCGUUCCUGGAUGACGGUUCCGAUCUAACGUUAAUCGAGAACGAAGCGGCAGAAGAACUUGGCCUCGAAGGCACGGAGAGUCCACUAUGCCUUGAGUGGACGAACAACGUAACCAGAAACGAAAAUUCUUCCCGUCGUGUCAAUCUAGCCAUCGCAAAGAUUAACGGCGGAGAAAAGCAUCUGCUGAAAAACGUCCGUACAGUCAGAAAUCUGGGUCUCCCGAAGCAGACAGUUAACUAUCCCGAUUUGGUCAAGCUCUACCCGCACCUUCGAGGGCUACCAGUCGAAAGUUACAACGAAGCAACCCCUAGGAUUCUGAUUGGGGUGGACCAUGCUCGGCUGAUUAUGACGCUUGGUAAGCGUGAACGUCGGAACGAUGAGCCUGUUUCCGCCAAGGCUGGAUGCGCUUCGGAUGAACACCUAGAAGACAUUGUCCGAGAAUUCGUCUCUAGCGACACCAUCGGCAUUCAAGGGCAACUUCCACCGGAAUGCGAAGAGGACAUGCGAGCGAGGAAGAUUUUGGAGGAAACCACGGUACGAACCGCUUCCGGUCGAAUUCAAACCGGAUUGUUGUGGAGAUCAGACUGCGUCAAGCUGCCAAACAGUUACCAUAUGGCGAAAAGACGAAAUGAUUGUUUGGAGAGGCGGUUGGCAAAAGAUCCAGAGCUGAAAGCGAACAUCACUAAGCAGAUUCUCGAAUACCAACAACGUGGGUACGUGCACAUAGCAACCGAACAAGAGCUCCGAUCAUCCAACCCAGACCGAACGUGGUAUUUGCCCAUAGGAGUGGUUCGACACCCGCGUAAACCUGGUAAAGUCCGGGUCAUUUGGGACGCAGCAGCGCGGGUCGAUGGCGUGUCACUGAACUCUGCCCUCCUCAAAGGUCCAGACCUACUGACCCCGUUAUUGUCUGUGCUAUUCCGCUUUCGUGAGAAACAGUUUGCUGUAGGAGACAUCACACAGAUGUUUCACCAGCUGUUGAUCUGUCCAGAAGAUCGGCAGGCUCAAAGGUUCCUGUGGCGUUCAAGUCCUGAAGCAGAACCGGAGGUGUACGUCAUGGACGUGGCGACGUUCGGAGCAACCUGCUCCCCCUGCUCGGCGCAGUAUGCGAAAAACCUCAACGCCAGAGAACACCAGGAGAAGUAUCCCGAUGCAUCGGAUGCUAUCAUCAACGGAACAUACGUCGACGAUUUUUUCGACAGUCGAGAUACGGUAGCCGAAGUGGUCAAAUUAGCACAGGAGGUAUCGAUCGUGAACCGAGCAGCGUGUUUUGAAAUACCAUCGUGGCAAUCCAAUUCCCAUGAAGUUCUUCGGCUGCUAGGCGGUGAGUUUGCCGAAUCUGAUAAGUGUUUUUCGGCAGUACAAACUGCGUCAUCGACCGACCGAGUGCUCGGUAUCGUUUGGAAGUCCCACGAAGAUGUUUUUAUAUUUGAUGCCCAAUUUCGAGAAGAUUUGAAGCCUUUGUUGUCUACUGAAAGUAUCCCCACCAAACGUCAGGUGCUGCGAGUGGUUAUGAGCCUCUUUGACCCGCUCGGGUUCAUCUCCUUUUAUACCAUUCACGGGAAAGUGCUCAUUCAAGACAUCUGGCGCUCAGGAGUCCUGUGGGAUGAAAAAAUAACAGCAGAGAAUUUGAAAAGUUGGCACAGGUGGAUAAAAUUGUUGUCAGAGUUGAACGAAAUUAAAAUACCUCGAUGUUACUUCCCGAAUUAUGAAAUUGGAAGCUACGAGUCUCUCCAAUUGCAUCUUUUUGUAGACGCGAGUGAGAUCGCGUACAGCUGUGUCGCAUUUUUCCGUAUUAUCGACCGUGGAUUACCACGUUGCUCACUCGUAGCAGCAAAGGCCAAAGUGACCACUCUGAAACCCCAAUCAAUUCCCAGAAACGAGCUUUAUGCAGCACUUAUCGGUGCCCGAUUGGCAAAGACUAUUCAAGAGGAUCAUCGACUAGUCGUCUCGAAGCGAUACCUUUGGACAGAUUCCUCCGUCGUUCUCUCUUGGUUGCAAGCCGACCCCCGGAAAUACCGGCAAUACGUGGGCUUUCGUGUGGGUGAAAUUCUAUCGAUAUCGAAGAUCAACGAGUGGCGCUGGAUAACCUCCAAAAUGAACGUCGCUGACGAUGCUACCAAGUGGGGCAAUGGUCCCAAUUUCUGUUCCACCAGUAGAUGGUUCGUAGGACCCGAAUUCUUAUACAGUCCGGAGGAUGAAUGGCCAAACCGAAAACCGAAUGUAGCAGAGACGCCUGAAGAAAUCCGAUCGGUUCAUAUUCAUCGCGGGACCAACAGUGUACAGCUGGUUGACUUUUCUAAGUUUUCGUCGUUCGAACGCCUCGUCAAAGUAUUCGCCUACAUCCACAACUUCAUCGAUCGUUAUCGUCCUGUUAGAGUCAACAGCGAUUCUGAAGUGGUACCUAAGCAGAAAGAUUACGAAGCCGCAGAAAUAUCGAUAUUCCGGAAAGUGCAGAGCUCGGCGUUUCCCGAUGUAGUAGAAGCUCUUCUAAAAACAACCGAUCUUCCUGAAGCAUGCAAAAAGAUUCCGAAAUCAAGUUCGUUAGCUAAAUUGUCGAUUGUAGUGGACGAAAAUGGCAUUUUGCGGGCCUCAAGCAGGAUCAACUCUCUGUAUUACUCUGACGAUUUCCGGAACCCGAUAAUACUUCCAAGAUCUGACCAUGUUACAGCACUGAUCGUUUUGAGAUAUCACCAACGUUACGGCCACGCCAACACAGAAACAGUUUUAAACGAACUCCAGCAGCGAUUCUACAUUCCGAAGUUCCGUGCCACAGUGAAGUCCAUUUUGAAAACCUGUAUGUGGUGUCGCGUCUACCGAGCCAAGCCUGACGUUCCAAAGAUGGCUCCGUUACCGCAUCCUCGAGUGAAGCCGUAUGUACGACCGUUUACGUUUACCGGCCUGGACUACUUCGACCCACUGACGGUCAAAAGGGCGCGAAGCUCGGUGAAACGCUGGGUAUGCCUGUUUACCUGCCUCAGCGUCAGGGCAAUACAUCUCGAGGUUGUCUAUUCGCUGUCGACGGUGUCGUGCAUCAGAGCGGUUCGCAGAUUCGUAGCCAAAAGAGGUACACCCCAACACUUCUUCAGCGACAAUGGCACAAAUUUUCGAGGGGCAUCCAGAGAGCUUAUCAACGAAGUUAAAGCCAUCAACCAGUGCGCCGCGAGGACCUUCACGAACGCUACCACCGAAUGGCAUUUCAAUCCCCCCUCGACCCCUCACAUGGGAGGGGUCUGGGAGCGUAAAGUAAGAUCGGUCAAAGACGCAUUGAAAAGCAUAGCUCCUCGCAGCCCACUUGACGACGAAGAACUGAUGACCCUUUUGGCUGAGGUUGAGAUGAUAGUGAACUCACACCCGUUAACAUUCGUUCCACUUGAUUCACCAAAUGCUGAAGUGCUCACACCGAACAUUUUCCUGUUGAUGAGUUCAAGCGGAAGUAAUGCAGCGAAAUUGCCGAUAGAUGAACCGACGGCGCUGAACACGAACUGGAAGGCGAUGGAUUACAUGCUGGAUCAAUUUUGGAAGCGGUGGAUUGCGAGUUAUCUUCCAACCAUAGCGCGUCGUACCAAGUGGUUUCAUGAUGUGAGACCCCUACGUGAAGGAGACCUAGUGGUGAUAGUCGACGAAAGCGUUCGGAACGGCUGGCUUCGUGGAAGAGUGUUGAAGACGUUUCCUGGAGAAGAUGGACAAGUUCGGCAGGUCGACGUAGCUACCAGCACAGGGAUUCUUCGCCGUGGGGUAGUUAAGGUUGCAUUGCUUGAUGUAUGUGAAGGUAAAGCCCCCUAA